AUGCCUGGUGAAAAUUUCAGAGUAUACUUAGCCGAGAGGCCCAAGGCAGAAAUCAUGGCCGGAACGACCCUCAAAACAGAGACCGUCCCUCUCCCCAAAGCCGAAGACCUCCAAGAUGGGCAGCUCCUCGUCGAGAACCUUUACUUGAGCCUGGACCCGGCCAUGCGCGGCUGGAUGAAUGAUACGCGGUCCUACGUCCCACCCGUGGCCAUCGGCGAACCCAUGCGCGCCGCCACCGUCUCCCGCGUGCUGGCGUCGAAGUCGCCCAAGGCGAAACCGGGAGACAUCCUCCCCACGCUCGCCGGUUGGACCGAGUACGCCAUCAUCCCCGACGCUACCAUCCAGCCCAUCGACACCUACCCGCCCGUCACCCACCCGUCCGACUACCUCUCCGUCAUCGGCAUGACCGGUCUGACCGCCUACUUCGGCAUGCUGCGCAUCGGCGAGCCCCGCGCCGGUGACACUGUUGUCGUGUCCGGCGCCGCGGGCGCCACGGGUAGCGUCGCCGGCCAGAUCGCCAAGCUGCGCGGCGCCCGCGUCGUCGGCAUAGCCGGCUCUGACGACAAAUGCGCCUGGCUGACCCGCGAGCUGGGCUUCGAUGCCGCCAUCAACUACAAGGAUCCCGACUUCCCCCGGAAAUUCCGCGAGGCCACCCCGGAUCGCAUCGACGUCUUCUUCGAUAACGUUGGCGGUGAGGUCCUCGACUUGGCCCUGGGUAGGGCGAAGGAGUUUGCUCGGUUUGUUAUUUGCGGCGGCAUUAGCCAGUACAACUCGUCCAAUGUGCAGGGUCCCAAGAACUUCCUCAGUGUCAUUUCCAUGCGCAUCAAGAUGCAGGGUUUCAUCGUCCUCGACUAUGCCAAGGAAUUUACUGCCGCCAGAAAAGAGCUAGCACAGUGGCUUGACGAGGGCAAGAUCAAGCGCAAGGAGACCAUCCUGAAGGGUGGCUUACAGGUGGCCGAACAGGGUCUGAUUGAUCUGUACAAGGGGAUCAACACGGGCAAGCUCAUGGUCGAGAUCAAGAGCCCCACGGCGCCAUCCAAGUUGUAG